AUGCACAUCGAGGGGGUGCGCGAGGGACACCAGUCGGAGGGUCUACGCAAGUACGGUGCCGCCUUCCCCGAGCGGCACUGCUUCACCCUCGUCUUCAAGGGCAAGCGCAAGAACCUUGACCUGGCCGCCCGGGGCGAGGAGGAUGCCCGCCACUGGGUGCAAGGACUCACCAAACUGAUGGGGAGGCUGCAAGCCAUGAGUCAACCGGAGAAGCUCGACCACUGGAUCCAUGGGGUCCUGCAGCGAGCAGACAGGAACAAGGACAACAAGAUGUCCUUCCGGGAGGUGAAGAGCAUGCUGAGGAUGAUCAACAUCGAUAUGGAUGAUGUCUACGCCUACAAGCUCUUCAAGUGCCAAGUCUGGGGUCAAGAUGGCACUAUGAGGACAGAGGACAUCAGGGUGGGGACGGGGAACCUCCACAUCUCAUGGGUGCCGCCAUGCCAGGUCCAGGCCAGGCAGCAGGACCUGAUGAUGCUGGACGGCUUCAUGAUGUACCUCCUCUCGGCUGCCGGUGACAUCCUCAACCAGGAGCACACCAAGGUGCACCAGGACAUGAACCAGCCCCUGUGCCACUACUUCAUCUCCUCCUCCCACAACACCUACCUGACCCGCAACCAGAGCGGUGGCACCAGCAGCACCGAAGCCUAUGUCAGGGCGCUGAUGGCGGGAUGCCGUUGUGUGGAGCUGGACUGCUGGGAAGGCUCCGACGGGGAACCCAUCGUCUACCAUGGCCACACGCUCACCUCCAAAAUCCUCUUCCGCGAUGUCAUUGAAAGCAUCCGUGACUACGCCUUCAAGCAAUCGCCCUACCCCGUCAUCCUGUCCCUGGAGAACCACUGUGGGCUGGAGCAGCAGGCCACCAUGGCCCGGCACAUGAAGGCCAUCCUGGGGGACAUGCUGCUGACGCAACCGCUGGAGGGGCAGGACCCCCACGACCUCCCAUCCCCGGAGCAGCUGAAAGGGAAGGUUCUGGUGAAGGGCAAGAAGUUGCCAGAGCCGUGGCACGAACCCUGGAGUGUCACCUCCCUUCCGGACCCCGAGGAGGAGGAAGAGGAGGAGGAGGAAGAGGAAGAGGAGGAGAAGCUGCAGGAGAGAAGCAGCCGGCGGGACGCAUCACAGGUGGCUCCGGAGCUGUCGGCCGUGGUGGUGUACUGCCAGGCUGUCCCCUUCCCUGGCCUGGCCCAUGCCCUGCGCCACCCCCGGCCCUGCGAGAUGUCCUCCUUCAGCGAGAGGAAGGCUCGGAAGCUCAUCAAGGAGGCGGGCCCGGCGCUGGUCCAGUACAACGCCCAGCAGCUCAGCCGCGUCUACCCGCUGGGGCUGAAGAUGAACUCCUCCAACCACAACCCCCAGGAGAUGUGGAACGCCGGCUGCCAGCUGGUGGCCCUCAACUUCCAGACGCCGGGCUACGAGAUGGACCUGAACGCCGGGCGCUUCCUGGGCAACGGGCGCUGUGGCUACGUGCUGAAGCCCCCCUGCCUGCGCAGCGCCCCCAGAGAGGGGCCCCGCCGCCUGGCGCUGCAUGUCAGG